GUCAGACGCAGCGUCUGAAUUCAAACUGAUUGGCGGCAGAGAGAAGCAAGAAGAAGCGAAACGUUGUUCAAGCAUAAACUACCUAAAUUCAACCUAAUUCAAGAUGUCCAAGACAUUGAAGGGGAUCACACUGAAGGGGAGCGCGGAACUUGUUGCUGAAUUCUUCUCAUUUGGUAUCAACAGUAUCUUGUACCAGCGAGGAAUCUACCCAGCAGAGACCUUCACCAGAGUCACGCAGUAUGACAUGAGCCUUCAGCUGACCACAGACACCAAGCUGAAGAACUACCUCACCAAUGUCAUCUCACAACUCAAAGAAUGGUUGUUUGAAUGCACUGUGCAGAAGCUGGUUGUGGUCAUCACAUGCCUGGAGACGAAUGAGGUGCUCGAACGAUGGCAGUUUGACAUAGAUUGCGACAAGACGGCAAAGGAGAGCAGCGUCCCCAGGGAGAAGUCCAUAAAAGCCAUUCAAGAGGAAAUCCGUUCCGUUAUCAGGCAGAUCACUGCCACAGUCACCUUCUUGCCUUUGUUGGAGACUGCAUGCGCCUUCGACCUUCUGAUCUACACGGACAAAGACCUGGCGGUGCCGGAGCAGUGGGAGGAGUCUGGUCCUCAACUCAUCGACCAAUCAGAAGAGGUCCGCUUGCGGUCCUUCACUACUUCCAUUCACAAGGUGAACAGUAUGGUGGCCUACAAGAAGACAAACUUCAUGUAAUUGCUCUUUUUGUUUUUCUGUGGCUGUGUUUUUCGUUUCUAUCUUUUGUAUAUAUCUAUAUAAAGCUUCUUUCUUAUGUUGAAAUUUUAAAUGUUUUUCCAAACCAGAAAAUAAAUGCCUUGUU